UUUUACGGUUCUGCCUGUAGGACUAGAUUAUUUAGUACACCGUACAGAAACCAAUGUGGAACAUGGGUGGUCCUAUGACACAACUGUAGUAAAUCAUCUUGGGGACAGACUGGAGUCAAUGUAAACCAUUGACAGAAAAUAGAGGCUGAACUUUAACUUGACUGGAACGUUUUCUUUUUGAGGGUUGUAAAGUCGUGGCUUGUAAGUGAAGCUCGUCUAAGAAACCGCGUCCAUUCACCACCUCCCGGUGUAUUGCUUGUGAUUUUUAGCAUGUUUGCCCUGAUACUGCUGUGCCUCGGCUUCUGCCUCCUCUACAUGCUCACCCGAAUCCAAAAGCCCAAGAAUUUUCCUCCGGGCCCUCGACCUCUCCCGAUACUUGGGAAUUUGCUUCAUCUGAGUUUGGACAAUCCCAUGAAAGACUUUGAGAAGAUGGCAAAGCGCUUUGGCAGCGUGUACAGCCUCUACAUCGGUUCCAGGCCCGCCGUAGUUUUGAACGGGUUUGAAGCCAUGAAGGAAGCUCUUCUGACCAAGUCUACAGACUUCGCUGGACGACCCCAGGACAUGAUGGUUAACCGCAUCACCCGAGGAAAAGGCGUCAUCUUGGUAGACUAUGGAUCAAGCUGGAAAGAACACCGGCGCUUCGCUCUGAUGACCCUAAGGAACUUCGGCAUGGGGAAGAAUUCCAUGGAGGAGAGGAUUCAUGGAGAAAUACAGCACAUCAUAGAUUCGUUGGAGAAAAGUGUUGGUACGACCAUGAACCCCCAGGUUAUGUUCCAUAAUGCUGCAUCCAACAUCAUCUGCCUCAUCCUCUUCGGUAACCGUUAUGAGUACAAUGAUGAGUUCCUUGUGACAUUUGUUCGGCUCUUCACUGAGAACGCAAAGAUGACAAAUGGACCUUGGUCCAUGAUUUAUGACAGUUUUCCUAUGCUGAGGAAUCUGCCACUGCCUUUCCAGAAGGCCUUCCGCAACGCAGAACUAGCUCAAAAGAUGGCCCUUAAACUGGUGGAGCAACACAAGGAGACCAGGGUCCCUGGGGAACCCAGAGACUUCAUGGACUGCUACCUGGAGGAGAUGACCAAAAGAGAUGACGAUUCAUCCUUCAAUGAGGACCAGAUGAUGAUGUAUGUCCUGGACCUGCACUUUGCUGGCACCGACACAACCUCCAACACACUUCUCACCGCCUUCCUCUACCUUGUGGCCUUCCCGAACAUUCAGGAACGCUGUCAGCAGGAGAUUGACCAGUUCCUGGAGGGGAAGGCCCGGGUCAGCUUUGAGGACAGACACCAGAUGCACUACAUGCAUGCUUUUGCCCACGAGGCCCAGCGUAUAGCCAGCACUGUGCCCCUCAGCGUGUUCCACAGCACUACCAAAGACACCAGCGUGGCAGGCUACAGCAUCCCCAAGGGGACUCUGAUCAUUCCCAACCUCACUUCUGUGCUCUAUGAAGAGGGUUACUGGAAGUUUCCUAAUGAGUUCAACCCUGAGAACUUCCUAAACGACCAAGGAGAGUUCCAUAAGCCUGAGGCAUUUUUGCCUUUCUCCCUGGGACCUCGAAUGUGUCUGGGUGAGGGUCUGGCUCGUAUGGAGCUCUUCCUCAUCUUGGUGACUCUGCUGAGACGAUUCCAGUUUGUCUGGCCAGAGGAAGCAGGCGAGCCAGACUUCACCCCUGUGUUCGGAGUCACUCUGUCCCCCAAACCCUACAGAAUGGGUAUCCAGCGGAGAGGGACCCGGCAAGGGGGCAACAUAUAAUCAUUUUUGACUAACCCUAACUUCCUAUAAUGCUGAACCAUUGUUGUGAAAGAGAUGAAGAUUGAUCCAAAAAAGGGAGGAAAAGUGGUGACAAAGUGAUGGUGGCCAUGUCCUGAAUGUGCAGGGGCUCCACAUUGGAAGAUCAGAGGGUUAGUGUUUAAGGAGGUCUGAAUUUAUAGGGGUGGGGAAGAAAAUUAGAUUUCCUGUGUACUUAUUCACCUAUUAAUAUAACGAAUCACUCAUAAAUAGAACUAGUCACUGGAUACUAGUUAGUAUUUUCUCAUGUGUGUUUGCAAUUGAUAAGAGUAGAUUGUGUCUCUUUGUCCGGUUGAAUAGAUGUUUAGGGUCAGGAGAAAAUAGUUGAUAAACGUCCCUUGUUAAGACUAUGGGGAGAGUGGUCAUGCACUGGAAACUGUGAGGCUCUUUCUCUGUGAUUGAUGUAACACCAUUACUGCCUGACUGUCACAAUCUAUAUUUAAUUUAUUGUGCCCUAUAAAAUAGUAUCCCAAUCAACGCUUGUAAAGUCAAAUCCAUCAGCCAAAGCUGAUAUCAAACUUGCAUCCCAGAACUGUUGUAUAGUGGGUAAUGCAAAGGGAAGUUUCUACAGCCUAGUAGUGCAUUGUGCCCGGCAAGCUUUGAAGAAAAAAAGGGACAUGAAUAGGGGCCUGUGCACCAGUAGAGCUUUAUGUCUAACAACCCCCUGGUUACAUGCAAACACCAUACAAAUGUUAUUCACUGAAGUUGUGUUUGAGCUCUGAGGAAUGUGUGGAAUUUCAAAUUGCUGCUUUUAAGUCUUCUUGUUGAAUUCAAAAUAAAUAAAAGUGGUGUUAUUCUGCA